AUCGUCGUACCGCAGUUGCGUCUUGGGUACGUACCUAUAUAAACCUCUACGCGCGCGAAUACCGCGGUCCCGUGCACAACAGUUACCCGGGUACAAUUGUAAAACUUGUGGCAGCUACAUCGUGUCGGCGGCCGAGGCGCGCACGUACGUGUUGAUGUUAUGCGCGCAUCGGUUGCUUUUGGAUUCGGUAGCCGCGGGCCGAUUACAGUUUCGCGAAUCGUACAACUAUUCUAACAUUAUUAUUGUUGUUAUUAUGCGACAGUGCCGUGUCCGAUGUACGUUCGUGUCGUGUCGAACGUAGGGAUAAGAUAGAAAUAAACGUUUUUCGACAAUUUGAUCGCGAAAUGAUCCGGCCUAGUUGAGAUCAUCCGUAUCAGUCCGUUCAAAUGUAUCAGUGCGGUUCAUAUCCGUCCGCGCUCGGAUAUCAUCACCAAUCGUCCGGCUGGCCAACGCAGUGUUAUCCGCCGCACAAGGAUGAAUUCCACCCGUUCAUAGAGGCGUUGCUGCCAAAUGUCAAAGCGUUCUCUUACACGUGGUUCAAUUUGCAAGCCGCUAAACGCAAGUAUUUCAAAAAACACGAAAAACGAAUGUCACUCGAAGAGGAGAGACGGUGUAAAGAAGAGCUUAUGAACGAAAAACCCGAGGUGAAACAGAAAUGGGCGUCUCGGCUUUUAGGAAAGCUUCGGAAAGACAUAACUCAAGAGUGCAGGGAAGAUUUCGUGCUGAGUAUAACCGGCAAAAAACCGGCCAUGUGCGUUCUGUCCAAUCCCGACCAGAAGGGAAAAAUGCGACGUAUCGAUUGUCUCCGGCAAGCUGAUAAGGUAUGGCGACUGGAUCUAGUCAUGGUAAUACUCUUCAAAGCAAUACCACUCGAGAGCACGGACGGAGAACGGUUGGAAAAGUCACCGGAAUGUACACAUCCCAGUCUGUGCGUGAACCCUUACCACAUCAACGUGUCCGUCCGCGAGUUAGACCUGUAUUUAGCCAAUUACAUCAAUAGCCACGAAGUCUUAAGUGGAAUAUAUGACAACAACAAUGAAAAAGGCUAUUCGCACAACCCCUAUAACGGUGUGGUAUGCAACGAUAACAUUUUAGCGACCGGAGUUUUUUCGUCCAAAGAACUUUGGAGGCUUUCCAAAGCAUCCAUAAUUCAAAACCCUAACGGUAUGCCACCCAUGAAUAUUAUCAAAAUUGAAAACCCAGGGUAUUAUUGCAGCAGCUUUACCCCGCCGAGCGACCACUCGUCCAUUAUGGCAUCUGGCAGCUACAGCCCGAUGUCGAUCCAAAGAACACAGAGUCCGUUGAACGAGCCCAGAAUCAAACGGAUGAGGAGAAUGAGCUCCGCUGACGACACGGAAAUCGAUUUGGGCGGUCCGAGAGAAAAAUCCAACUCGGAAAUCACGUAUUAUGGUCAGAGUCCUGCGUCCUUAUCUAGUCAAACCAGUUGGCACUCGGACAUCGAUCAUGGUAUUCCUGGCCAACAUUCGGGAAGCAUUGCGUCCUUGGCAUCAGCUAACUAUUACGGUUCGGCGACAUCGGGACCCGAACAACACAGCCCCGCCAAGUACCCUGAGAAUGGACACGAUACACUGUCGGACUUUGUCACUUUCGUAUGUCAAGAAGCAGAGAGCUCUCAAGGCGCACAGGCGGGCCCUACGCGGAGUCCAAAAAUGGCCCAAUACUAUCCGAGCACAAUGCUACCACCACCCCCUCCGCCACCUAUGGCGCGGCCAGUAGCCAUCAUUCGAUCCACAGGUGAACUGACCAUCGCGCCAUCAAACUCGCCGCCAACUUCCAACACGCCACCCAUGGGCGGCGGUGGCGGUGGAGACGGAUCACCGGGCGGCGGAAGGGAUUCCGACCACAGCCCGCCGCCGAUGAACAGUCAACUUUCCGAAUCGCAGUUGUCCGGAAGCGGCGGUGGUCGCAGCGUGGUGACCGGCAGCCCAUUCGCCGUGUCCACCAACCGCGAUUACCACUUCUCGCACAUACAACACGGCCAGUUAUUCAGCUACUCGAACAUCGGCACCGUGAACGCGGUAUCCGGAGUGAUAAGUCCCACCAACCUGAGUCUGCUGUCCAACCCGGGCGGCAGCCCUUCGUCGUCUUCGGGCGGCGGUGGAGGAGGAGGCGGUGGCGGCAGGUCGCGCGGACACUCGCAGACCACGUUGCCGCGGUGGAACACGCAGUGCUCGUCCGGGCAGCCGUUCAUCACGCUCGACGAGGACUACAUGAUGACGCCACUGAUGUCCGGGAACGGUGGUCAGGGUAACGCCGGCACGUUGAUCGACGACGACAGAUACUUCAACAGCGUAGUCCAUCAGACCGACGGCAUGGACAGGAUGGACACAAGUGAAUCUCAACACAUCCAAUCGUCGAAUUCGGGUAACCGGAACAGCCCGAACUCGGUCGACGGACAACAAGACAACAUAACCAAACCGCAGACGUAGCCAUCAACGAGUGCGCGCGGAGUACAACGCCCGUCAAUCAUAUUAUUCUAGGCAAUUCAUUCUAGUUAAUUAUACACAAUUAUUAUUAUUAUUAUUAUUUUAUUAUUAUUAUUAUUAUUAU